UCUUCCUUUGUUGACUUCCUGUUUGUUGUCAUCAAUAUUUUUUGAGUGAAAAAUAGUUUUGUGUGGUGGAGAAUGUCGACUCGGUUAGAGAAAGAGAAAGCCAAGGCCCAACAAGAAAAGUUUCAGGCUGUGUUAUCAAAUCUUUUAAAAGACGAAGAUAACAAAUACUGUGUGGAUUGUGACGCUAAAGGACCAAGAUGGGCUUCAUGGAAUUUAGGAAUUUUCUUAUGUAUACGAUGUGCUGGAAUACACAGAAAUCUGGGAGUUCAUGUUUCAAAAGUAAAAUCGGUGAAUCUAGACACAUGGACUGCAGAACAAGUGUCUAUGAUGAUGGAAAUAGGUAACAGCAGAGGAAGAGCCGUCUAUGAAGCUAAUAUUCCGGACGGUUUCCGUCGUCCUCAGACAGACUCCAAAAGCUCUCUGGAAGCCUUUAUUAGAUCAAAAUAUGAACAGAAGAAGUACAUCGCGAGGGAAUGGGUUCCACCUAAAUUUUCUGUUCCCAAACAGUUAAAAGCAGAUGGGCUUUUAGAGGAUGAUAAGGUGGAGAAGAAGAAAAAGAAACAGUCAGUGGUUCAGCUCUCCUCGGUUCCAAAAGCAAAACCCUCAGAAAGUUCAGCCACUUCUUCACCUAAAAAGGAACCAGCACCAGUCACCAGUCAAGUAACAUCCAGCAACUCAGCCGACCUCCUGGGGUUAGACAUGCCUGUUGUAUGUAGUACUCAACAGAAUACCUCCAGUGGUUCUGGGGAUUUACUAGGGGAGUUAGGAGAUUUUAUGGGGGCACCUGUCUCCUCACAGAACAAUGUACCUACACAGUCUAGUCAGCCUCUACAAUCAACACAGCAGAAUGGAGAGACAGAUGUGAAUCUGUUCCAAGACUCGACAACAGAGAAACCUCAGGACAAAUCUACAAAAGACUCCAUCAUGGCUCUGUUUGGUAGUUCCUCAUCUCAGCAGCCUCAGCAACAACAGUUUGGAGUGCCAGGUAGCUAUGCCCCUCCCUAUGAUGUGUACCAGUAUGAAGCAGGAGGUGUGUACAUGCCACAGCAGAACAUGGGGAUGUAUGGGAUGCCACCAAACAGUAUGAUGGCACCAAACAUGCAGUACCAACAACAACAGAUGGGCAUGAUGAAUAUGCCACAACAGCAACAAGGAAUGUAUAACAUGAUGGGCAUGCCACCAGUUAGCCAGGCAGGGUAUGGGAACCAGCAACAGAUGCAGCAAAUGCAAUAUCAACAGAUGCAGCAACAAAUGGCACAGAUGCGUUUGGGAAGUGGAAACACAGGAAUGAUGGGGGUCCCAAUGGGGAACCAGGGGGCUAUGAAUUGGGGUGCACCUGCCAACAGUGGACAGACUCUCUCUACAAACUUAUGGAAAUGAUGAUACUGAAAUAUUAGUGUGAUAAAUUAACAUUCCAUGCAUAAAGCUGGAUAAUGUGUAGGCAUUUUCGUCUCAAUUUAAUCUCGUUAGUUAACUAACGAGGGAGUAGGGAACAGACAGGGUCUUGUUCUACUUUUAAUAAAACAAAGUUAAAAACAAUUUUUAAUUAAUUUUAACUAGCUCAAAUAUUUUAAUAAUUAGCUAUGAAAGGAAUAUUUAAGAAAUAUUUCAAAAUAAAAUCACUUUAUUUAAAUUCGAGACAACUAAGACUACUAAACAGAAUUUAUUUUUGAAAAAAGAUUAUCAUUUUUUUAAAUGCCUUUUUUUUUUUAUAUCAUUAUAAUAUCUUUUGAUCAUUGUUAUGUUUUAACACUUGUGCAAUCGACAAAACUAUCAUCUGACAUGUGUAUCAAUUUUAUAUUUGAAAGUUCAGGGAUAUUUGCACACAACAUUUAAAGACGGCCAUUUAAACUUUAUAACAUCUAACCUUUUGAUUUAGCAUACAUAUGUUUACUAGCCUCAUAUGUUGUGGACUCCUAGAAGUAUUGUUGAUGCAGUAAAAAUGUAGCCUCCUUAGAAAAUAUUAAAAUCAUUAUUACAUACAUGUACCAGUACUCAUGACAUAGGUGAAGAGUAGGUUGGGAAAAGCUUAGAUGGGGAUAUACUGAAAAUUAAGCUUAAAAUUGGAGCAAAACUAAGUAGUGAAGUGUGAAUCUAUCUUUUAACAAAUUGCUUUAAAUUUGAGGAGUAUUUAAAUCGCACAAGCUUUUGUACAAAUGUGAGUGAAUGUAAAGGUGUGACAUUAUUCAUUUUCUGUGUAGACAAUUAAACAAUUGACUUGAAUGUUGUGGUUAUAAGAAUAUACCUUAUUGGUCCUGUAUCAUAAUUAACAGUAUUUCAUAUAAAAUGAAAUUGUAUUACAGUGUAAGAUUUUUUUUUUUGGUUUUGGCAUAUGAUGUCAGUAUUACAUUCUUUGAAAAAGGAUAAAUUUGUGGGAUUUAAAAAAAAAAAUGUUAAUUUUCUGCUCUUUUUCAACAAGGUACUCUCUGAAAGAAGGGGUUUAGUCUAUAGGGGAGGGGUUCAAUCUGUUAUUGGACAUUUUUCAUUGCCAAAUUGUUGAUGUAGAUAUAAUUAUUAUUUUAUUUGUUUUUAUUUUUUGUGCAUCAAUAAAUUUCAUUAUAAUAAUU